ACAGCCCUCUCUGCUCUGCAUUCCUGCAAACCAAAGCCAUCGAUACAAACAAGCAUCGCAGCCCGCCCCAACGCGACACCCACCGCCAAGCGCUCUUCGUCUCUGCAACCGAUUCCAGCCUCAGGGAGCAUCUCGCCGCUCACUGAGUUCCAUCCGCGCGCAAUCCCGCCCAACUAAACUAAACCCGCUCCCCUCGUUCAAAGGCCCGCGCCUUUCGCGUUCGCCACCGUGGCUCAACUCAUCGCGAUGCCGAAUACCCCCCCGCCGGCGCUGCUGCCCCCGCCAGAGGGCAUCUUCCGGACCUUUGACGACCUGAUGGCGUCGGUGCAGCGCGUGGCCAAGGACCAGGGCUACGGCAUCGUCAAGCUCCGCGCCUCCAACUAUCGCGACGGCAAGCCCACCCGCUACGACCUCGUCUGCGACCGCGGCGGCGUCAAGUACAACAGCACUGCCAAGAAGCGCAACCCGUCCACGCGCAAGAUCGACUGCCCCUUCCGCGCAAAGGCCGUCUGCGAGGUCCAGCUGGGAAACCAAUGGCGCUUCGCCCUGCAGGAACCGAGACACAACCACGAGCCGCGCGUCCCCUCCGGCACCCCCGGCCAGGAGAAUGCUCCCUUGGCAACCUCGAUCCGGUCCUUCACUAACAAGCUGGACCGUCUGAGCCACGACAUGGCCCAGGGCCUGAUGCGUAUCGAGCAGCGCCUCGACAACAUUGAGAAGCGCAUGGAGAACAUCGAGGCCCGCGCCGGCAGCUACGAGCCUCGCUUCCAGGCGAUAGAACAGCGGCUGCAAGGUAUGGAAGGCCCUCGCAUGGACGGCAUGGGCAUGGACGAUGUCGAAUCGCGCCUGUUGGCUUCCACGGUCAUGUAGCAAGCGAUGUCCUCGGAUUAUCCAUCACCUCCCCGACGCUGAGGCGAGGUGAUGGCUAUGACGUGGAGCACGACAGGUGGCUUUCAUCACAAGAAGUGAAACCAAAAAAAGACAAAAAGCAAAAAC